AUGCAAGCAUCAAAGGACAGAGUGGCCCAUGAGACUCUGCAGUUGGAGAAACGGCUUAGCAUGCUGUCUCAUCAUAGCCUAGGCGGUAAGAAUUGUGAUGAUAGAAGUAUAUCCAGCUCUUCCUCUGACACCAGCCAUUCAGAUGCCAGUGCAGGAAGCAGAUUGACCAUAUGGGCAGAGCCUUCUUCAGCCAGUACAUCUGCUGAGAGUCAUGGGAUGCCAGCAGCGAAGGGCAUCCACCUGGGAGACGAUAAGUCCUAUACUGAAGCCUUUCGUGCCUCCAAGCCUCCUCCUAAGCCUGCUGCAUCUAGACAUUUACAGGAAAUUGGCCGUCAAAGCUCUUCCGACAGUGGCAUAGCUACAGGCAGUCACUCUUCCUACUCAGGGAGCUUUUCCUCCUAUGCUGAGAGCCUGGACAUUUGCCACGGAGAAGAGUUUGGGUCAUUACUUAGCUUACCCUUAACCAUGGCUACAGAUCAAAAUCUAUGCACGUGUCAGCAUGCUGAUCUACAGAGAGGGUCUGAAUAUCAGAUUCCCGCCUCUGUCAGACAUCUCUACGACACACCCCGAAGUGUACUUCAGGCAGCUGCUCGAGAAACUCAACUCAAGAGUUCAGAUUCCACUUUAUCCAAGGACCAGGCACAAGGAACUCAAAGCAUUAGUGAUGCUAAGCUAUUGUGGACAGCUUCAAAAGCACAGCCACAUGGAGCUGAACCCAAAGGGAGUGACUUGGCAGCUACAGGCACAACUGACACUUGUGAAAUCUGUAGCCCCCAUCCUGGUGUUACAAGGGCACUUUUUGCAGCUUGCCCGGUAUGCGGAGGACUAAAGGUAAACUGCUGUAUAUUAUUAUAUGUUUACACACUGAAAGGAAUACUGGCUGCUACUAAGCAUGCAUACACAAUUACUGUCAAAUUGCAACCCAUGUAG